CUGCCUGACCUCCAUGAUGACAUGGGAUGUCAAAGGCGCAUUUGACGCAGUCCUAUCUGGCAGGCUGAUACAACACCUCAGGGACCAAGGGUGGCCCUCCACAGUGCUACACUGGGUGGCAAGCUUUACCCAAGGCCGAACAGCAACCAUAAGGCUGGAUGGGUCCGGCCACCAGUCAGUGACAGACAUCCUCUGCACAAAGGCAGGUUCCAAUACCUACGCAAAGUGGCUGGGAAAAUCGCAUUUCUAUACAGACAUCUGCCGACGCCAUUAGGCCAUAAAGUCUCAACAAACCAUCCAGGCAUACCUCUGGUCUCCCUCCCUUUCUCUUCCCUUUAUUCUCCCCCCUUUCUUGUAUCUCUUUAUUCUUCCUUGUCCGCGUUCUUGCUUUUCCAUUCCA